AGAUGAGUAGAGGACCCACAAGAUAGGCUGGCGAUAUUAAUAGUACAACAAAAAAUAUUGUGUCUUUUGAAUCAAUUUUUAGAUUGAAGUAGGAGUAGUUCUUUCUUGUGUUUGAAACUCUAUCCACCCAAUAUUAAAACAACAUCUUCAUCUUCGAUCCAUCAAGAAUGCUAGAAACAACCACCACUGCUGCACUGUCCUCCGCAGCAACAGCAUUGUCCUCUGUUCCCGGGCUCUCGUCUCGUACCGCAGCCGUAUGCUGUAGUCGUUCUGCUUGCACGACAGGAGCUGUUGCCGCAAAAGUCCUGAGAGUGGGCACGUCUCCCGCGUCCUCCUCGACCUCUAGUACGCACCAUGGAGACCUACAACUCAAGAAUCCAGGACCCUGGACGACAAGCAGCCUGGGAACAAACCUUCUUCAGGGAAAUUUGAACUCAAAGUCUACUCCGACUAGCAGUUUAUUCAGAUCUUCUGCAACCAGAGUGGUCUCCAACAACAUCAACCAGCUUCAACAUGACCAUCAGCAUCAGAGGAGUAGUGUCCUCUACCACCAACAGCAGGCAAUGGCGAGUGGCGUCCUUUUCCACCAACAGAAGCAGCAACAGAACUACCAGAAGACAAGUAGCUGCUCAAGUAAUUCAUCAACGUACCUUCAGCUUCAACACCAGAGAACAUUCGCAACCUGCUACUCAUUGCUGAAGCGUAAUCGUGUUCCAUUCGUGGACUUCGAAACCGCCUAUCCCAAAAAUGCCAAUCCUCUUCCGCCAGUGCAAGUUUUCACACCCUUCACUUUUACGAAACAGCGGAAACUCCUUAAGCUGCUGGAAGAAUACCCCCAGACUACGUUUCGUUAUGGUAUAAAACUAGUCCUCGUUACUCAUUUCGAUUGCAUUUUUUUCAGUGGAGCUACGUAAUGAGUCUGAGCCUAGUACAGGCUAAAAAAUUGCAAUUGCUCUGCACCUCUUUAUUUUCUCAAGAAUGAGGAACCUACACUUCAUCCUGUUCUGUUCAGAAAAGGUCUCCUUUUUUUCUUGAUACUUUUCAGCUGCGUUCUAUUUUUCGAUAAGCCCAAUUAUUAGUAUACAUAGGAUUCCUCUUCUCUAUUUUGUUCGUACGAAAGCAAUAUCCUCUAAUCCUUUGGUCGAGUGGUAAGACAACUAUCUAGGCCGCAUAUCAAGCAUGCUGGAAGAAACGUCGAUGGCCAGAUGCUUGUCAGGCAUCGAGGUGGCGGUGCGCCUCGACGUAUGCGACUUGUUGACUUUACGGUAGUGUGACUUACUUUUAAGGAAAUCUAUGAAGACUUACUUAUCAACGACUUACGCUUACCUAAGAAAAGGGCUAGCGCUAGUGUAACUAUAAGUCCUUGAAUUACUCCACUACAAUUUCGAACAUUCACCUUUCAUCUCUUAAAUGAUGUUAAUGGUGGUGUGACAGCGUUUCAAACGAUAUAACACUAACAGGACCAUUGUCAGACUAUGAAGAAAGGAAAGAGUGUACUCAUACUCAAGAAAUUAGCUAGAACCUCCUGAUGGCGAAAGUGCCUAAUUUUCGGAGCAGGAUGAGUACACUUUUUCUUGUCAUAGUCUGACAAUGGUCUUGUUUUAUCGUUUGAAAUGCAAAUGCUUAGUACUAUGCAUGGUAUAACGUUAGAUCGACCACUUUUCUAAGUACUACAAGCGAGGAAGGAAAGACAUUCCGGCAACAGUUUUGCGCAUAGAGUACUGUCCCGGACGCUCAGCGCACGUAGCGUUGGUCCAAUACGAGGAUGGGGUAUUCAUUAUAAGUACAAUGUUGUAUGAGCUUGGAGAUAUUGAGCUCGAUGCAAGAGCGGUACUGGUGUCGUGGUAAGUUGGAGUACUAGUAUUUUGUUUUGAAGACCGUCACGGCGUCGUUGAAGAAUGAUUCUAGAAUGACCUAGUAUGGUCGUUAUGCCCAUGUCGCUAAUAGAAGGAAAGUGGUGUUCGGCAUUUUAUUAACGUGAUCUACUUCACCUCCCUCAUCUCCAGGUCGUCGCUAAUAGAAGGAAAGUGGUGUUCGGCAUUUUAUUAACGUGAUCUACCAGGUCCUCUCCUACAUCCUGGUCCUCUCCUACAUCUCCAGGUCCUCUCCUACAUCCUGGCGCCACAUGCCAUGAGACCAGGGGACCAGGUCUUAGCCUCUGA